AUGAAUUCGCGAUUGGAGGUGCUUGAGGAGCGGCUUCUCCCAGAAAAGCGUGUCCACAUUCCGCUGGCUGCUGAUGAGCGCAGAGCUGUAGUAAAUGAUGCAGACAUACUACGACGAAAAACAAGAACAGGCAAAAAGAAAAUUCCCGCGCUGGAAAUACAAAAGGGAAACAGAAAGGGAAAAGGAUACGAAGAGAGAACCAUAGAAAUGGCAACUAACCAGCUAACAGAAUCUCGCCCUCAACCCCAAGAGUCCACAUAA